AUGGAGAAGGACGACUUGGUAAGCGGAUUGAAGACCAACGAAUGUGGGGUUAACGAGACUUGCGAGUGUUGCUGCAAGCGUAAAAGCUCCCGUACCCCCUUUCCCAAGGAAUCGAAAUCGAGCUCGAAGGCGUCGUUGGACAUAGUGCACACGGAUGACCACAAGGCGUAUCGGUUCCUGGAUAAAGCAACCUGGAAAAUCUACAUCAGCCGGGACGCAACGUUUGUCGAGGUCGGACUAGAAAAGUCGAUCGAAAAUCUUCAGGAGGAGAGCACGGUCGAAUAUCAUUCGACACUGAAGCCCACCGUAGCAGAUAUGCCCGACUAUGAGGACGACGGUGGAGAAGAAGAAGAAGACGAUGGUGGUGGUGAUGGCUACGAUACUGCUGUUGAGAGCGAGCCAGACGACGACAAUGACGCUGAUCAAUCGAGUCAAUUCAUAGAAAGCGACGGCGAUAUCAAUAUGAACAUCGAACCACCAACUGAACUGAGACGAUCCACGAGAGUCACCAUGGGAAUCCUGCCGAAAUGUUACUCAGAGGUCACCAGCGUCACCAGUACUACCGCCAAUGAACCCAGGAGCUAUACCGAUGCAAUCCAAUGUCCAGAUGCAGAAGCGUGGCAUUUUGUAAUGAAGGAGGAGCUACAGUCGUUACUGGACAGCCAAACAUGGGAGCUAGUACCACCAUAG